AUGGUAGCCGAUGUUGACGAGAAUGACAAUGGAGAGAUCGACUUUGAGGAGUUCGUGCAAGUGAUGUCUCGAAGGACCAACGACGAUUAUCCACCCGAGGAAGUUGAGAGCGCCUUCAAAGCACUCGNNNNAAUUAUAUCCAGUCUAGCGUUAUCUCAAUGGGCGAAUCACUAA